GACGGGUAAGGAUUCAUUGGCAUAUAUACGUAUACUGUCUGAAAGUUUAUAUGUCAAAAUGUGCUUCAAAAUUUUCCUGAGCCGAAAACUUUCUUCAUCAUUAUGCCUUUUGGACAUUUCUAAGUCGGUCCAAGACGAAAAAGUUUAUUCGAUCAGCUCGAAAUUUUCUAAGUUCCAAACUUUAGUUGACUCAAGAUUGAUCCCACGGGUAACGGGUAAGCGUAAUACUAUUUAUAAUGUAGGACGGGUAAGGAUUCAUUUGCAUAUACGUAUACUGUCUGAAAGUUUAUAUGUCAAAAUGUGCUUCAAAAUUUUCCUGAGCCAAAACUUUCUUCAUCAUUAUGCCUUUUGGACAUUUCUAAGUCGGUCCAUGACGAAAAAUUUAUUCGAUCAGCUCGAAAUUUUCUAAGUUCCAAACUUUGGUUGACUCAAGAUUGAUCCCACGGGUAACGGGUAAGCGUAAUACUAUUUAUAAUGUAGGACGGGUAAGGAUUCAUUUGCAUAUACGUAUACUGUCUGAAAGUUUAUAUUUCAAAAUGUGCUUCAAAAUUUUCCUGAGCCAAAACUUUCUUCAUCAUUAUGCCUUUUGGACAUUUCUAAGUCGGUCCAAGACGAAAAAGUUUAUUCGAUCAGCUCAAAAUUUUCUAAGUCCCAAACUUUAGUUGACUCAAGAUUGAUCCCAAGGGUAACGGGUAAGCGUAAUAGUAUUUAUAAUGUAGGACGGGUAAGGAUUCAUUUGCAUAUAAGUAUCAUGUCUGAAAGUUUAUAUGUCAAAAUGUUUAUAUGUUAUACACUCUCUACAUUAUAAAUGCAGUUUUUUUUGUAAGAAUGCUGUUGCAUGAGUUUUGUGUUAUUUCGUUACCCGCAUACCUAAUGCGCACGCGCCGGGUUAAUGCGUCCCACAAGUCUUCCAUCAACGGAAUCGCAGCUGUAUAUACACGGAACCCGCACCAUGUAGUAAUGUGUGGAAGGCGAUGUAUUCCGGAAUCUUGCGAAAAGGGUGUCGGCACAAUGGUUUGGGGACCGCCAGCACUCUCCCCCAUAGUUCGUUAAGAUUCCGUAUGGUAUAUAUCAUCAUGUCUGGCGGCUAACACGAGAGAACUCCCGUUCUCGUCGUGAAUGUUAGCUGGAAAUUUUUAUUUAUUUCUAUUAAUUUUUAUUUACACACAUAUAAGAUAUAUCUUUGCAACAGCAAAAAAUUUUCUUACAAAAAUUGUCAACCUUUCACCAUGUAAAACAUGUCCAGCACGUUUUUUAUAUAGAUAUAUUUCUGUAUAUUUAGAAAAUUUCGAGCAGACACUGAAAAAAUUUUCUCUCAAACGGAUGAAUAUACGAGCGUGCUCAUGAGCAUACUGGAUGUUAAGGAUGCUAGAUUUCCGCAUACCCUGCAGUAGCCUCGGCGAUUUGUCGCGAUGAAUUAAGGAUAUGGGAUUUCGGCAUACCUUGUAGCUAGCCACUGUUUGUGAUGGCUAUAUGAAAAAGCAGUAUGUGGCCCUUUAGCUGCAGUACUAGUAUAGUUGAGAAAUCCGGGUAACGCGGAGCGAAGAACAAUCUAAAAAAAAACGUAUAAGCCUACUGAUUAAGACGGAUCUGCAAGUCUGUAAGUCAAAAUGUGCUUUAAAAUUCCCCUGAACCAAGAUUUUCUCCAUCAAUAUGCCUUUUGAAUCUUUUUAGGUUGAUCUAUGUCUAUGACGAAAAAACUCGGAUGUUCCAAUCAGUACGAAAUUUAGUUGACUCGAGAAUCCCGGAUAACGGAUAAGGUUAGUAUAACUUAUUAUGAAGGGCGGAUAACGAACAUUUGCACUAGUCAUCUCAAAUUUGAAAAUGUGUUCUAAAAUUCUCCUGAGCCAAAACUUUCUGCAUCAUAAUGUGUUUUGAACAUUUCUAAGUCGGUCGAUGACGAAAAAACUUUUUCGAUCAGCUCGAAAUUUUCUAAGUCUCAAACUUUAGUCGACUCAAGAUUGAUCCCACGGGUAACGGGAAAGCGUCAUAGUAUUUAUAAUGAUCGGACGGAUAAGGAUUCAUUUGCAUAUACGUAUACUGUAGGAAAGUUUAUAUGUCAAAAUGUUUAUAUGUUAUACAGUGUCUAUGUUAUAAAUCUAGUUUUUUUAUAAGAAUGCUUUUGCAUGAGUAUUGUGUUAUUUCGUUACCCGCAUACCCAAUGCGCACGCGCUGGGUUAUUGCGUCCCACAAGCCUUCCAUCAACGGAGUCGCAACUGUAUAUACACGGAACCCGUACCAUGUAAUAAUGUGUGGAAGGCGAUAUAUUCCAGAAUCUUGCGAAAAGGGUGUUGGCACAUAAUGGUUUGGGCGCCGCCUGCACUCUCCCCCGUAGUUCGUUAAGAUUCAGUAUGGUAUAUAUCACCAUGUCUGCAGUGUGGAUUAUAACGGUCGGCAAUCGGCUAUUUGCCGAACAAAAACACCAAAUGGCCGAUCAAUUUCAUUCUGCACGGACAUUUUGUCCGAUCAAAUAAAAUACACCACACUGUUCAUCUAAAUUGAAGGUAGUUUAUGUGAAAAGUACUGUUUGAAAAGCAUCUAACUAUGCCUACGAUACCAUGCAAUCAAUAAAUAUUUGGAUGAAAAAAUCACUCAGAGGAAACAUUGUCAUUGAGCUUCUCUUUUAGCAAAUACCCUCUCAAGUGACCGAAUCUCGAUAUAGUUACAGUCCAUAGCCGGCGGCGUUUACAAUACUUACAAAAAUAUGUUUCAUUUCUAUAAGCCGUAGGCCUAGCUAUAUAUUAGUAAAUACCUUUAUUUCCUAAAGAAACACAAACAAAGUGAAGGCGCGGAGGACGUUGCUAGUUGGCGUACGCCAAGCUUUUUUCUGCAUGCAAAUGUGCAAUCAAUAAUGGUACGUCGAUCUGUAGCACUGUCACGUAAAAAUGGUUGAAAUAGUUGGCUGAUCAUUCUUGACCAAUGUCCGAGCAACAGUCUCGUUAAUCGGACAUUUGUCAGACCUAAGCAAAAACGUUAUAAUGCACGCUGCAUGUCUGGCGGCUAACACGAGACAACUCCCGUUCUCGUCGUGAACGUUAGCUGGAAAUUUUUAUUUAUUUCUAUUAAUUUUUAUUUACACACAUAUAAGAUAUAUGUUUUCAACAGCAAAAAUUUUCCUUUCAAAAAACCAUGUAAAACAUGUCCAGCACGUUUUUUAUAUACAUAUAUUUCUGUAUAUUUAGAAAAUUUCGAGCAGACAGUGAAAAAUUUUCUCACAAACAGACGAAUAUACGAGCGUGCUCCAUGAGCAUAUUGGAUGAUAAGGAUGCUAGAUUUCCGCAUACCCUGAAGUAGCCUCGGCGAUUUGUCGCGAUGAAUUAAGGAUAUGGGAUUUCGGCAUACCUUGUAGCUAGCCACUGUUUGUGAUGGCUAUAUGAAAAAGCAGUAUGUGGCCCUUUAAUUAGCUGCAGUACUAGUAUAGUUGAGAAAUCCGGGUAACGCGGAGCGAAGAACAAUCUAAAAAAAAACGUGUAAGCCUACUGAUUAAGACGGAUCAACAAGUCUGUAAGUCAAAAUGUACUUUAACAUUCCCCUGAACCAAGAUUUUCUCCAUCAAUAUGCGUUUUGAAUCUUUUUAGGUUGAUCUAUCUAUCUAUCGGCUCGAAAUUUUCUAAGUCUCAAACUUUAGUUGACUCAAGACUGAUCCGAGUAACGUUAAGCGUAAUAUUAUUUAUAAUUAUCGGACGGGUAAGGAUUCAUUUGCAUAUACGUAUACUGUAUGAAAGUUGAUAUGUCAAAAUGUUCUUUAAAAUUUUUCUGAGCCAAAACUUUCUUCAUCCUUAUGCCUUUUGAACAUUUCUAAGUCGGUCCACGACGAAAUAAUUUUUUCGAUCAGCCCGAUAUUUUCUAAUUCUCAAACUUUAGUUGACUCAAGAUUGAUCCCACGGGUAACGGGAAAGCGUCAUAGUAUUUAUAAUGAUCGGACGGAUAAGGAUUCAUUUGCAUAUACGUAUACUGUAGGAAAGUUUAUAUGUCAAAAUGUUUAUAUGUUAUACAGUGUCUAUGUUAUAAAUCUAGUUUUUUUAUAAGAAUGCUUUUGCAUGAGUAUUGUGUUAUUUCGUUACCCGCAUACCCAAUGCGCACGCGCUGGGUUAUUGCGUCCCACAAGCCUUCCAUCAACGGAGUCGCAACUGUAUAUACACGGAACCCGUACCAUGUAAUAAUGUGUGGAAGGCGAUAUAUUCCAGAAUCUUGCGAAAAGGGUGUUGGCACAUAAUGGUUUGGGCGCCGCCUGCACUCUCCCCCGUAGUUCGUUAAGAUUCAGUAUGGUAUAUAUCACCAUGUCUGCAGUGUGGAUUAUAACGGUCGGCAAUCGGCUAUUUGCCGAACAAAAACACCAAAUGGCCGAUCAAUUUCAUUCUGCACGGACAUUUUGUCCGAUCAAAUAAAAUACACCACACUGUUCAUCUAAAUUGAAGGUAGUUUAUGUGAAAAGUACUGUUUGAAAAGCAUCUAACUAUGCCUACGAUACCAUGCAAUCAAUAAAUAUUUGGAUGAAAAAAUCACUCAGAGGAAACAUUGUCAUUGAGCUUCUCUUUUAGCAAAUACCCUCUCAAGUGACCGAAUCUCGAUAGUUACAGUCCAUAGCCGGCGGCGUUUACAAUACUACUUACAAAAAUAUGUUUCAUUUCUAUAAGCCGUAAGCCUAGCUAUAUAUUAGUAAAUACCUUUAUUUCCUAAAGAAACACAAACAAAGUGAAGGCGCGGAGGACGUUGCUAGUUGGCGUACGCCAAGCUUUUUUCUGCAUGCAAAUGUGCAAUCAAUAAUGGUACGUCGAUCUGUAGCACUGUCACGUAAAAAUGGUUGAAAUAGUUGGCUGAUCAUUCUUGACCAAUGUCCGAGCAACAGUCUCGUUAAUCGGACAUUUGUCAGACCUAAGCAAAAACGUUAUAAUGCACGCUGCAUGUCUGGCGGCUAACACGAGACAACUCCCGUUCUCGUCGUGAACGUUAGCUGGAAAUUUUUAUUUAUUUCUAUUAAUUUUUAUUUACACACAUAUAAGAUAUAUGUUUUCAACAGCAAAAAUUUUCCUUUCAAAAAACCAUGUAAAACAUGUCCAGCACGUUUUUUAUAUACAUAUAUUUCUGUAUAUUUAGAAAAUUUCGAGCAGACAGUGAAAAAUUUUCUCACAAACAGACGAAUAUACGAGCGUGCUCCAUGAGCAUACUGGAUGGUAAGGAUGCUAGGUUUCCGCAUACCCUGAAGUAGCCUCGGCGAUUUGUCGCGAUGAAUUAAGGAUAUGGGAUUUCGGCAUACCUUGUAGCUAGCCACUGUUUGUGAUGGCUAUAUGAAAAAGCAGUAUGUGGCCCUUUAAUUAGCUGCAGUACUAGUAUAGUUGAGAAAUCCGGGUAACGCGGAGCGAAGAACAAUCUAAAAAAAAAACGUGUAAGCUUACUGAUUAAGACGGAUCAACAAGUCUGUAAGUCAAAAUGUACUUUAAAAUUCCCCUGAACCAAGAUUUUCUCCAUCAAUAUGCGUUUUGAAUCUUUUUAGGUUGAUCUAUGUCUAUGACGAAAAAGCUCGGAUGUUCCAUCAGUACGAAAUUUAGUUGACUCGAGAAUCCCGGAUAACGGAUAAGGUUAGUAUAACUUAUUAUCAAGGACGGACACGGAUAACGAACAUUUGCACUAGUCAUCUCAAAUUUGAAAAUGUGUUUUAAAAUUCUCCUGAGCCAUAACUAUCUUCAUCAAUAUGCGUUUUGAAUCUUUCUCGGUCGAUCUAUGUCCAGUAUGACAAAAACAAUUUUCCAUCAGUCCGAAAUUUAAUUGACUCGAGAAUCCCGGAUAACGGAUAAGGUUAGUAUAAUUUAUUAUGAAGGACGGAUAACGAACAUUUGCAUAACUCAUAUCAAAUUUGAAAAUGUCCUGUAAAAUUCUCCUGAGCCAUAACUAUCUGCAUCAAUAUGCGUUUUGAAUCUUUCUAGGUCGAUCUAUGUCGAGUAUGACAAAAAUUUUUUUUCCAUUGGUCCGAAAUUUACUUGAAUCGAGAAUCCCGGGAAACGGAUGAGGUUAGUAUAAUUUAUUAUGAAGGACGGAUAACGAACAUUUGCAUAAGUCAUCUUAAAUUUGAAAAUGUGUUCUAAAAUUCUCCUGAGCCAUAACUAUCUGCAUCAAUAUGUGUUUUGAAUCUUCCUAGAUCGAUCUAUGUCCAGUAUGACAAAAAAAAUUUUCCAUCAGUCCGAAAUUUAGUUGACUCGAGAACUGACGAACUGAAAUUCUUGUGAAAUUAAAAACAAUACUAGAUUGUUGUGACCUGCUUAUCUCAUGCAGUGAAGAAGAUUCUAUAAGUCGGUGAAUGCGGUGAAAGGAUACAAUAUGAAGUCAAUACAGAAUGUUUAGCUGGAUUUCUUCGGGCCAAGUUCAAAAUAGCAAUAUUCUCUUCUACUUGUAAACCGAUUUCUCACAAGUGUAAAACGAAUAAGAAAUAGCCAGAAUAAAUAAAGGAAAAAAAUAUUGGGAGUCCGCUACAAAAUAUGAGUUCAACUGGAUUUUAACUCAAACGUUUAUCGAGACAGCCCAAACGACCUAGCACUAAGCCACCAGGGGACGAACGGAAUUUCAUGUGAAAUUAAAAACAAUAGUAGAUUGUUGUGAAGAUUGUGGUGAAGAAGAUUCUACAAUGAUUCAAUAUGAAGUCAAUACAGAAUGAUUAGCUGGAUUUCUUCGGGCCAGGUUCAACAUAGCAAUAUUUUCUACUACUUGCAAAGCGAUUUCUCACAUAGAACUAUAAAAAGAAUAAAAAAUAGCCAGAAUUAAUAAAGGAAAAAAAUAUUGGGAGUCCGCUACGAAAUAUGAGUUCAACGGGAUUUGAACCCAAACGUUAAUCGAGACAGGCCAAAAGACCUACCACUAUGCCACCAGUGGACGAUCUGAAAUUCUUGUGAAAUUAAAGACAAUAGUUGUUCAGACUGAUUUGAAUAUUCAUAUUUCAUUUAUUAUGCGAAAUACGAACGCGUACGGGGUCCCGGGGAAAAGCCCCGAAGAUUCCCGGAUGAAAGUGUGCUCGAGAGACAAAAAUAUAGUUUUUAGUGUGUUUUGGUUUGGAAUAUAUUCAUGUUUCUUUAUAAAGUUUUGGUACUUUUCUUGGUUUAAUGUUAAUUAUUGUUGCCCCAGUCGUUAGUUGGGAUGGCCCUAAGCUGGUGGUAACAUUAAAUGGUCCUUCUACGUCGGAUUGAAUUGGUAUAGUGGAAUUAUUUGUAUGAUAUAAAUAUGUCUGUUCAUGGUUCUGAAGCAAAUCGUGUGGUUGAAAGUGAAUUUGGUAGCGUUUCGUUGGAAGAAACACGUAUUCGAAGUAAAAGAUCGGUAGUUAAGAGGAGAAUAACUACAACUUUACGUAAAUUGGAGGGACUUGUGGCGAAAUUUGGUAGCAAAACAAUAAUAAAAGGGUAUGUGAAUAAUUUAUCUGAAUAUUUAAAAGAAGCUGAGGCACUUAAUACUCAACUUCUCACUCUGGUACAUGAAAGUGAGCAUGAAGCUGUUUUAAUUUGGUAUGAAGAACAAUUAGAAAGAGUCAAUGAUGCCAAAUUAGAGGCUGAAAGUCAUCUUGAGGGGCGCUUACAUGAAGUAUCCUCAGUCGCAGGAACAUUUCCUGGCAUGCAAGAAAGUGCGCAAAUACCGAAUUUAAUUAGCUCAAAAUCUGUAAUGACAUGUAGUUCAAAAUCAAGUGGAAAAGGAGCUGAAGUUCGUGCGAAAGCCUUUGCCGCAGAGUUAAAAGCUAAACAAUUAAUGGAAGAAGAAGAGAAAAGAAAACAAGAGUUGGAAAAACAAUUAGAACUUGAAAAAAUGUAGCUAUGGCUAAAGAAAUAGCUGAAAGAGCAAAACUCGAGGCUGAAGAAAGACGAAAGGUCCAGCAAGCGAAGGAUGAAUGGAUGCGUCUAAGGGCGGAAGCAGAGAUCCUGGAAAAUGAAGAGGACAACCCAGAAAGUUUGUCAAACAGACUACGUGACUUUGAAAAUGAGACAAAUGAUAAAGAACAACCUCCAACAGUACAUCAACAAAGUCCUCUGAGGAUUAUAACAGAAAAAUCAGCACCAGUGAAAGUUCCUGAAAAUACUACUCAUAAGGGAACAUUAAACAGUCAAGUUGGUCAGAAACUUCCUAGUGGAAAUAGUGUACCAAGUAUAUAUGUUCAACCCAGCUCUAAUAAUCUGCCAAGAUUAAAAUUAACCACUUUUGAUGGGGACUCUCUUAAGUGGCCUGAUUGGUCUUCUAUGUUUAAAUCAAUGGUUGGUGAUGCAAACAUAUCCCUAAAUGCCAAAAUGCAACAUUUACAGAACUCAGUUACGGGUAAAGCUAAGACUUCAAUCGAGGGGUAUGGCUAUAGUGGUGAUUCAUAUAACAAAGCAAUGUCUGAGCUGGAAUCCAGAUUUGGUAAACCAUCAUUAGUCAUCAAAGCCACUCUUGGUAAGUUGAGAACCUUCAAUCGCUUACAAGAUAAUGAUCCAGAAAGUGUUCGGAGCUACUCUGAUGUUGUGUCAACUACUGUAUGGACGCUGUCAAGAUUUGGUUAUGUGAGUGAUCUUAAUGCGGAAGCAAACCUGUCGUUGGCUACAUACAAGUUAUCAAAUGAACUGCUACUAAAAUGGAAAGAACAUGUCAAGGAUGGCAAACUAGACCGUCCAAACUUGAGCCAGUUUUCAGAUUGGCUCAAAGGGCAAGCUGAUAUUUAUGAUGAGUGUGCAAGGUCAUCAAAGAAGAAUUUCAAGAGCAAAUACCAAAAGCAGUAUGGCCCAUCAAAUAGAGGAGAAAAUCAAACUGUAUUAUCAUGCAUAAUGUUGGAUGGAAGUAAACAUAGCCUUAGUGAAUGUGCGAAGUUCAAGAGUUUAUCUGUCGAAGACCGACUUGUGGAAGUUAGGAAACAUCGACUAUGUUUUUGCUGUUUAAGUAAGGAACAUUGGUCAAACAAAUGUCCUGUAAGAAAGCAGUGUCAAAUAAAUGGAUGCAAAGGAUAUCAUCACAGUCUUUUACACAGAAUGGAAAAUAAGGAACCUGGCUCUGGAAAUAAACCACCUGAAAGAGAAGAGAACAUUGGAGCAACGUUUGAAAGUAAACAAUGUUCGCAGGUCAAAAGGGGUAUGCCGGUCUUACUCCAGGUUAUACCUGUCACUGUACAUGGUCCAAAUGGAUAUUUGAACACCCAUGCAAUGCUGGACAGUGGUAGUACAUGCAGUUUGGUCUUAUCUAGUGUUGCUGAAAAGCUUGGUUUGGAAGGUUCAGAGGAACGAAUUAUAUUGAAUGGAAUUCAGGGAACUUCUGAACUGAAUUCGAGACGAGUUAAUACUCAAGUAAGUGCAGUCAAUAUGGUGACACCACGUUUUGAUGUGAACGGAGCAUUGGUUGUUGAGCACUUGAAUAUUGCCCAGCAGAAGGUGAACUUGGUGGAUGUAAAGUCUAAAUGGCCGCAUCUAAAGGAAAUAGACAUACCGGAAGCGAGUAGUUGUGAUGUUUCGUUGCUUAUUGGUAGUGACUGUCUAGACAUUAUCUUACCCAUUGAGACACGAUGUGGUCCUAGAGGAACUCCAGUUGGAAUUCGUACAAAGCUUGGUUGGACGAUAACUGGACCUCUUCCGGGUUAUAUUCGGACAUCCGAGGGUAUCUUCCAUGCUUAUGUUCGUUCACCUGAUGAAGAGCUUCACAACCAAGUAAAGUUGUGGUGGCGUACUGAGGAAUUUGGAUGCAAGUAUGACGUGGAAACCCAAAGGUCGGUUGAAGAUGAGAAUGCAAUGCGGAUCCUGGAAGAGACAACAAAGAAAGUCGAUGGUAGAUAUGAAGUUCCACUCCUCUGGAAGAAUGGUGGAUCUAUGCAGAAUAAUCGAACAGUAGCUGAACAUCGCCUUGCAUUGUUGGAAAGGCGAUUACAACGUGAUCCGAACCUCGCUGAAGCAUACAAAGAGACUAUCCAUAGGGACCUGGAGAAAGGAUAUGUUAAAAGGAUUGUUCUUAAUGAAGGUGCUAUUGAAGAGAAGCAAUGGUAUUUACCGCAUCAUCCGGUUUUGAAUCCAAAUAAGCCUGGAAAGGUUAGACGAGUUUGCGAUGCUGCUUGUAGAUAUCAAGGAUCCUCACUUAACGAUCAUCUUAUAACUGGUCCUGAUCUACUUAAUUCCUUAACGGGAAUUUUUAUGAGAUUCCGUGAAGAAAAGAUUGCAUUAUCAGCGGACAUUGAAGCAAUGUUUAGUCAAGUCGCUGUGCCGAAAGAGGAUCAAACGGUACUACGUUUCUUGUGGCGUGAUUCUACUGACUCGGACACAGAAACUUACCAAUAUCAAAGGCAUAUAUUCGGAGCUAAGUGUGCUCCUACCUGCGCUAAUUAUGCACUUUGUCGAAAUGCCAAGGAUAACGAACACGAAUUUCCUGAUGCAGCCGCUGCUGUUGAACGUAAUUUCUACAUGGACGACUUCUUUAAGUCUGUUGAUUCG